GUUUUGUAACCAAACAGCAAAAGAAGAGAAUCAAAAAUGUAUAAGAGUUAAAUUAGUUUCGUUUCUCCAACAAUGAAACGAUUUGAUAUAAAAGCUCAUCUGCAGAACAAGACUCCCCUUCUGCAGCCAUGUGUCUCCCGCACUUCGUAUUGUUCCUCUCUGCCAUCGCAGCAACAGGUUAUGGUGGUUUGCAUUGUAUUCAGUGUUCCAUCUUUGGCUCAGAUUCCUGUACCUUCCUUACCUCUGUUGCCUCCUGCCCCGAUGGCAACGUCUGCGCCUCCCGGUAUAGGAUAUCUAUAAUAGGUGCCAUUGGGUUCAUCUCCCAGGAUUUUGAUAGAUUCUGUGCUCAUCCAAGUGAAUGUAAUGUAACUGGGACAUUACGAAAAAGCUACAAUACUUUGGAGAGGAUGGCGACUACAUGCUGUUCUACAGAUCGAUGUACACCAGAAAAGCCCAUAGCGCCAGAUGAAAGUUCGGAGCCCAAUGGAUUACAAUGUGACCAAUGCUUUAGAGAUCCAUCAUGUCUUAUUCCGGGCUCCGUGAACUGUAUGGGAGAUGAGAACAUGUGCCUUCUUACAACUACAAAAAAAAACACAGGUUCCGUGACAUUAACUAGAACACAAAACAGCUGUGCCUCCAAAGGACUCUGCUAUUUAGGAAACACGGAUUCCACUUCUGGUACUGUGCGUGAAGAAACUAUGUAUUCAUGCACUCCUGCUAGUGGAGCCACUCCGGCUAGUGGAGCCACUCCGGCUAGUGGAGCCACUCCGGCUAGUGGAGCCACUUUGGCUAGUGGAGCUCCAUAUAAUCUAUCACCUACGGCACUAAUAGUUUUGUCACCUCUACUGUCAUUCAUUACGGUUCUAAUCCAGUUUAAUAAAUGCGACUUGUAAGACAGGAGCCAUCUUGGGGAUGUUGAUGUGAAUAGUUUUCAUUACAGUGAUUGUCUUAAAAAUAAUAAUUCGUCAAAAUUGGGAACUCCCCUUACCAAACCAUACAACCAUUUUUAGAGCAUAAGGCUACAUUCACACUACAUUUUGGCUACCCAGAAGGGGAAUUUAAAAACUGUCAGCUGCUGUAUCCCUGCCGGACGCAUGCCACAUUCCAUUAAUUUAAAUGAGCUGGCAGGAGUCAGAUUGCAGAGGCAGAUGGGCUUAUUUUUUGCACUGUAUCCGGUUUUGUUGCCAGACUGAAAACCGUGGUCUGCCAUGGUUUUCAGUCCGGCAAUAAAACUGAAACGGUGCAAAAAUGAGUCAACAGAAGUCACAAUCUGACUCCGGCAUGCGGCAUGGGUCCGGCAGGGAUAUGGAAGCAGCCAGUUUUUCAAUUUUCCUGCCGGAUACGGUAGCUGUAUGCCCAAAAUGUAGUGUGAAUGCACCCUAAGUUGGUUUUAGUGGUAAGGUAGACUCUAAUCCAGUGUUUACCAACCAGCGUGCCUCCAGCUAUUGCAAAUAUACAACUCCCAGCAUACCUGGACAGCCGUUGGCUGUUCCGGGCAUAAUGGGAGUUGUAUUUUUGCAAUAGCUUGAGGCACCCUGAUUGGAAAAGACUGCUCUUAUUUCAUAAUAAACAUAGUUGGUAUCAUGCUAGUACCACGAGUGACAUCUCUAAAGUCUUAAUAUUUUAGAAUGUUUGGUAUGUUAUAGUCAUUCAUAUUGACAAGAUCUAGUCAACAAAUGCAUCAACAUUUAUCUUCCAUUUUAACAGAAUGUCUAUGUCCAAGAGACUUUUUUGAAAUUCGUCCUCCCACAGGACUUUUCUGAAGAGCCAGCGUAUGUCUUCUUAGCUAGAGGAGAGAAACUUUUUAAAAGUUCGGUUCUGCCCAUUCGCCAAUCUCUGGCAAAAAGUUCUGGUUCUGACAGAACUAGUUCUGUCCUCAAUUGCAUUUCACCAUUAACCCAAAGACCCAUGUGUAACACUGUCUUAGAGUCCUAAAAGCCCUGUAUAACUCUGUUAGGUCACCUAGGAGUGUAUCUAUGGACUUCUGAGCUGUUUUUAAGGCAAAGCUAAUUUCAAAGCUAUGGCAACAUGUAUGGCUAUGGAUAACCAGAUGGUACUGAUGGUAACUAAGAGGAUAAUUAAAAACUUAUUGAACUGGUGUAUUUUUUAUGCCUUUUAAAAUAAAAAUUAAAAAUAAAAUAAAAAUAAAAAUCAUCCCUGACGGUGUUUAUGUGCACAUAGAGCUAUUGAGAGAAGGAGUGGCUUUUUCCAAGUGGUCAAAAAAUGAUCCCUUUUUUGGGAGGUUUUGUGCCUGGAAAGGGAAGGAGAAAUGGAUUUUUACAGGCUGUAAAAAAUUAUUCCUAUUUUGAGGUAUAGCAAAAGGAUUAGUGUCCUAGAGACUGCAGAAGUGACACAAAACCCUCUAUGCGGCUUUAUCACAAUUAGGGUAAAACCAAAAAAUCCUGUUACACUUCUGAUAAUAUUUGCACUGAACAGAAGUGCAACACACACUGCUGCAUUCACUACACUUAUACUAUAUGUGGCCCCUACUCCUAUCUGUGUUGUUUACUGCUCACUGUCCCUCACAGAGAACUUCAUCUAACACCUGAUAUCUCUAUAAUAGAUGCUGAAGCUAUGUGCAUAGGCUUUUAUAUGGGCUUUGAAAUCACCCCUAUAUUACCUCCUUAUUAAAUUGGAGAGCUGAUUGCAAGGCAUUAUGGUAUUCUCUAAGGUCAUGUGAUCCUUCCUGGUUCUCCUUUCUGUCAUGUGGCUGAUGUAAUUUUAGCAGUUUCAGAAAUCUAACUUUUGCGGUUCGCUCAUCUCUAUUCUUAGCUAUAUUGCUCUGUUAUCAUUGUGCACACAGGUCAUUUUUAAAUUUAAUAAUCAACAAAAUUGCUUAAAUAGAGUUGUCUUUGCUUAACCCUUAGGAUCCAUAUCUGUGUAACAGCCUUGGAUCACCAUAAUAUCCUCUAGUAUUGAGAUCGACCAGUCCAACUUGUCUUAGUGGUGACUCUCAUAGCUUAUAAUGUUUAUUUCGCAUUUGAGGUGAGUGGUGACCCCUAAAGGUUAUAUUUCCCAAUAAUAGCACUCAAGAACAGAAGAAUCAAUUUACUUGAACCUUUGCAAUGUCAAGAAUUCUUCUUUUCUUUAGAAGACAUUUGCAUAGCUUUAAAUGUGCAUUAGACAAAAACAGUCUAGUGGCAAAAAAUAAAUGAAAUGCCAGCCAUAACCGGUUUUACAUAUUCUGCAUAACUUUUUUAUGAAAAAGCUCCACACCCAGUCAUUUUGACAAAAAAAAAAACAUUCUCUUGUGAACACUGUGAGAUCUUUCGGCAGACAAUGUAUGCCAUCGUUAAAUUGAUAACUCCUUCGUUUGGAUUAUUUGGAUGUAGGAAAGACUGAAGAACUUGAACUCUAUGGUCAUCCUCAAGUUUAUGAGUCAAGAACCCCUUCAACCAAGCCUUAACAUACAUGCAUUAGAUGUUUUCUGAAGUGCCGAGUACCAUGACUGUGGAGCUGUAUAUGGAUGGUUUGGGUUCUUAAGUAGUUCCUGAAAUUGAAGCUGAAGUCUAAGGUGAUCCUUCAAUUGCUUUGGACGGAAUUCUAAACUCUGGAAGAUCCUUCGGGAGACAAUUUAAACAAUGGGCAAUCUGGGAGCUCCUUAAGUUAUAUUUUUCGGGUAAGGGAAGACUCUUUAAGGUGAAGAACCUGAAUUCCAAUCUUGGCAUCAAGCUUGUGAAGAUCUUCUUCAACCAAGCUCCAUAUUACAUGUACUAGAUGUCUUGUCUGGUCCAAGUAACAUGAUUGUGCAUUUGUCUUUGGAUGGUUAGGAUUCCAGAGGAUAGCCCAAACCUGACAGAUUAUAUACCAGCUGUAGGAGUAUUGAUGUUGGCUAUGACCAUUGGUGAGUACUAUUUUGUCCCCAACUAGCUUGAUAUUCCACAAUAAAAUCUACAUAGUGUCUUCUUGUUGUUUUGUUUCUAUUGAAGUAGUAUGAAGCCACAAAUUCUACAAUAUUUCAGGUCAUUGAUAUUUCCCAAUUGAAGCAGACAUUACUGAGACAGCAGAAUCUGCCACCAAAAUGGUUGCCACAGUCUAUUAGCAGAGGACAAUUGGUGACUGGCAUAAACCAUCUGUAACAAAAAUACCAAUAUCUUUGUAGUGUAGUAACAAAAUAAGGAAAAAAACGACAACAUGUCAUAAUAAUCUUCAAUUAGUAACUUAUAGAAUUUAAAUAUUUAAUAAAUAUACAUCAGAAGUUCUUUAAAAGUUUUGGUAAUUUCAUGAGAUGAUGACAAGAAUUCUCAAUUUCUUAAUAGGUUACCUGAUCCUUCUUCUGAUAUCUUUGAACUAAUUGCUAAUUUUACUGUUCUCACUUGAUUGCAGUGCAGUGACAGAAUUCUGACCUUAAUUCCCUGAAGAAGCAAGUUGGGGGUGAAACAUGUUGGGGAGGCAGAAAUAAUUUUUAAUAAAUCCUUUAGGCCUUUUUGAAUGUUGUAAACUAAAGACAUAAUGAAAGUACACAGUUUGCCCUUAAGAACACAGACUCCACCUGUCCUUCACUAUGAGUGAAGGAGUUAGAAGUGAGGAGAUGUUAGGAGUGAGAAGUGUUUUGCAAAAGCUUUAUA